ACGAUUGAAACACUGACGCUAGACUACAGCAAAUUGACAAAGCCUUUUGAUAGCAGCUGAAGUCAAAAGGAAACCACAACACGCACUGCAGUUAGAAGACUUCCACUCUAAGAGCAUUCAGCAAAAGUGCCAUACAAGUUGUGGCAAUAUUCGCAGCAUACAGAAAGUGAAGAUGCAACUGAAAUGUCUUACAAUGGUAUUGUUAUGGCAGGUUUUUGUAACACCACCACACUUUGCCUUUGCUGCUAAAGCCGAGGAAGAUGUCAAUUUCAAGGAAUUCAUAAACGAUGUCGAGCAUUUAGUCUUGGACACCGAGAAUGAAGCUUUGCGUCUCAGCAUUUCCAUCUACCAGGGUCUGGCAAAUGCCAUGACACCUCAGCUGCGACAAGCUGCCGCUCCUCUUAUGGAAAGUUAUGUGGAAAUGGUAAGGCAUGCUUUGGCCAAUAACAGCUCAUAUGGCGAGAAACGCAUACUUUUGAGACACUUUCGCAUCAAUAAUUGGAAAUUGGAACGUCUACGCAUGAAGCUUGCCCCGGAGAUGCCCAAAUUUCAAUUUGAAGUUAUAUCCCAGGAAUUUUACUUCAGUGGCCUCAAUACCACCAAGUUCGAUAAUAUAUAUUUGCGAUUUAUGCAUCAAUUUCAAAGGGCCUCAGAAAAGCUAUGAAAUUGUUUGUCGGAGGAUGUGGUCGAACAUCAACAGGAAAUGCUGGAAAUAUUAGAUGAGAUAUCAGAGGAAAAGAAUUUGGCUGAAAAGGAUAAACUUUACGAUGAGUUCAUUGAGACAUUUUUGUUU